UCGACGACGAAAUGGAGACCGAGACGUCUGCCCACCAUCCAGUAAUUACAUCGCGACACGCGUGAGUCGAAUACGAAACGAACAGCCGCGGAAGCACGGAAUUUAGCCAAUAGGCAAGUCGGACGUUCCGCGGAGGUAACCGGAGAAUUGCGCGACAUGACAGUUUCGUCGGGUGUGUCGUCCCUCGCGUGAAUCAACGUCGGAUCUCUUCUAUUCUCUCGUUCGCCUAUGCAGAGGCUGCACGGAUUGACCGUGCGGCGAAUGGGCAGCCGGAGGACGGACAGCAGCUGGAAAAACGAUCGUUGGCGAAGUUAGGACACAAAAGCUGGACGAUAAGCACCGAUGAAUCGUUUACGUAACGCGAACUCGAGCGCGAGGUGCGACCGAAGCGGGAUACUUUCCAAGCGCCGAUGAAACACUCCCGAAACGCUCUCGAAACGUUGAUCGAUCGUUGGCGCGAUAACUCGUAAACUCGAUCGAUCGGCCGUUGCUCGAUACGCGGGAUUCGAAAUUUCUCUCGCGCGGAAAAGCAGGCGCGCAGAGCGUGCGUCUCGGUCGACGUAACAACCGAGAAUCGAGGUUCUCGAUCGACGGAGCACGAGUGCAUCGCGUACUCUGGGAAUUUGCCAAACGGAGAGUCCCGACGAAUUCUCGAUUCCGCACGACUUUAGACCGAGCUCGAACGAGAUCGAAGUUUCGCCAGAAAUGGGAUCGAGUAACGUCGCGACGACGUUGGUCGUUCAGGGAGCAGAGUCGAUCGAUUCGAAUCGCGUAUACGGGAAAAGGAUCGCGCGGUGGUCACGUGGUGGUCGCGUGGUGGUCGCGACAAAAAUUCGUCUACCGUGAUUCGAUCGAUAAAAUUUCCGCGAAGAAUCGUCCGCGAACUCGAUACGAUCGGUGUGCGGUAUUAACGGGCCAAGAGUGCAUGGAAGGAAAAAAAGUGAUACGCAUAGUCGUAAACAGUGACCGGACAGCGAUGGACGUAAAUAGGACGGCGAUAGCCAUCGAGGAAUAAUGGUCGUAACGCGAAUAGGUGUUACGUUGAUCGACUUUAUCACGGUUUUACGGUUUUCGAUUAACGGUAUAAACAUUAGCCUGUGCGGUUCUAUGGCGAAGCACGAGGAUCGAUAGGGAAGACGCGCUAGAUAAUUCGGCUGGUGGAUGGCGCGAGAGAAAAAUGGAAGAGGCGAAGCACGCAUGGGCUACUUUGAAAUCGGUCAGGAAAUUGUCGCUUUUGAACGGCAACGGGAAUGGCAAUGGGAACGACAACGGCAACGGUAACAACGGUAAUUCCACCGCGAUCUGGUACGAUAUUCCCGCCCCGGUGAUAAUACACUGUUGUCACGAAUUCCCGGACGCGAGCAAGCCCGACGAGGUCGAAUCGACGGAGGAGCGAAUUCGCCAUGUCCCGAUCGUGAACCAAUCGCCGAUUGCCGAUGUUCCGGAUAACCACGAGCUACGGAAAUCCGUGGAUAACAAGACGAAGGAGAAGCGACACAGAAACACGGUGGAGUUGACGGCGGUCACGUCGGUGAAGACCGACGACGACGGAAUGCCGAAGAUCAGCUUCAGUUUCCUGCACGCGGAGGACAAAAGUCAGAGGUCCGUCCUCGAGCGUACGCUCGCGACCACGAGGAUGGAGGAGAAGGACGGGGAUGCGUCGGUGUGCACGCAAAACGAAUUGUACGACUUUCCUAGGAAUUCGUACGUCCUCGAUGAAAUGGAAAGCGAGAAAGUGGUAGAAAGCGAGCGCGAACGCGAGACAGAAACGGACGGUAACGAGAUGCGCGGCACGAGUGGAGAGAUACAUCAGGCGGAAUCGGGAGAAAUUGAGAACGAGAAGGACGACGGAAACGGAGCCGAUUCGUCGCGAGGGUGGCGCGAUGCGUCGCUGGAUGCGUCGCCCGAUGCGUGCGACGAGAAGGUCCGGGAAGAAAUCGCGUCGGAGAAAGCGAGCGACCGGACGAUCAAGAUCGAUUCGAACGGAAAAAUGGAUCCGUACGAUCGUGCGAACCGAUCGUCGAGGUCGCUCAAGUAUGGAAAGAAGAAGUACGACAGAUCGGAGAGCGACGGAAACGAUGCUGGAUUCGUCUCGAUGUCGGGCUCUUAUUCCGAUCCCGAGUGCUCCAACGACGCUUUUUCCAACGUCUCCCGACGAAACGGACGUUAUCCCAAGGUAUCACCGACGACCGUGUCUCGAUCGAACUCGGUUCGAUCGGACCCGGCGAUAAAGCCUAUUCGAAUCCGAAGCUUCGAAUCGUUCGAUCGAUCUUCGACUCGAAACGCGGGAGAAGCUAGGAAAGAUUUAUCGCUGAGCCCGAUCACCGGUUACCGAUCGGUUUCUCCUCGAUCGAGAACGGACACCCUGAAAUUGCAGAAACAUCGGCUGGGAAAGGCAUGGGAGAAAAUGCGAAGCUGGCUACGCGACGAAACGUCUCGGAUCAACGAGGUCGUGACUAAACACGCGAGGAUGCAAGCGGUCGGCGCUCUUGCCGGCGAAUCGCGCGCUUCAGCCGUCGUGAAGCGUAACUGCGCCUCUUACGAUCUCGUCGCAGCGAAGACGCGGGAAUCGGGAUCGAUCACCAAGGUCGAGGAAUUCGGUAUUACCUCCGUCUCGGAGGAGAACCCGAACUCGAAAACGCCCAUCGUCGACGACGAUUCGGACCAUGCCGCUGAUCACGCCGCUGAUCACGCCGCUGAUCGCGCCGCGGAUCCUGACAACGACCACCUAGCGAAAAGCAACGGGAACGGUUUGAGAAAAAUGAUCGCCGGCUCGGUGAACGUCUUAAACGAGAAGAGCGGAGGGAGAGUCGAUCCGGCCUCUUUCAGCAUGGACAGGCUCUGCUCCGAUACGGAAAACGACGAGACGGACCACGCGACCGCCGGAGAAAUCGAGAGCAGGGAUCAUGCUCGAAAAGCCGGUUUAAUUAAGAGGAGAAUGCUGGGGUCAAUCAGAGGGUUAAUGGCCUCCACUCAUCUUCUGCACAUUCACGAGGCCGAAGAGGGAGGACAAGGUGGAUUCGAGGAUGUUCGAAGGUACGUGAAACAGGGCGGCGACUUCUGUAAGGAACUGGCGUCGAUCCUGCACGAAAGAGCGGAAUUAGAAGCGACUUAUGCCAAAGGACUGAGCAAAUUGAGCAACAAACUGACUAAAGCUUGCGCAAAGGAUCAAGGUGGUAACGGUAGCGGAGGCGUGAACGAGGCAUGGAGAUGCGUCGGCGAGGAGAUGGAGGCUGCCGCAGAAGCUCACAGGAUCUGGGGAAUAACGCUCAGCGAACAACUCGCCAAACCGCUUAGAGUAGGAGUAGCAGAGGCUCAAGGACGCUCGAGAAAAUCUAUCGAGAAUUCCGUGGACAAAGCUGGAAAGUCUCUUCACGAAUGGCGUAACGUCGCGAUAAAAAGCAAGAAGCAAAGUUUCGCUUGUGCGCGAGAAAACGAGAGGUUACAAGACAUAGCGAGGUUGCAAUCGAUCAGUCAGAGUCAGCAGAGCAAUAACAAAUCAUCGACCCAUCAUAUGACGGAGAAGGAGGCUACCAAGCUCGAGACGAGGAGGAGAAAGGCCGAAGAUUCUUCCCGUAGGGCGGACACGGAGUUUUACACGGUGAGCGUGAGAGCUGAAAGAGCUAGGCUCGAGUAUGAAAGCACCAUGAGGAAAGGAGCUAAACAAAUGGAACUUCUCGAAGAGGAACGACUGAGCGCUCUUAAAGAUAUCGCCAACGUUUAUUUAGCCCAUCUGCAAGCUUUGGCUCCCCGUCUGCUACAAAGUGCAGACCGUUUGGCAGCUCCUAUACGCAACUGUAACGUGUCUCAAGAUAUCGAGAUCUUGAAGAAUCUUAUACGCCGAGUAGAAAGCAACGAUGGUUGCAAUUCCGAGCAAUUGCUGCCGGAUUUCUAUGCCGAACACGUUACUCUAGCGAUGAACAGAGAACGUCGGAAACAAUCGUUGGUAAGAGUCCUUCAUCUGAUUAGGCAGGACUUGGAGCGAGAAAGGCGUGGCAGAGAAGGUUUGGAAACUCUUCAUAGAGCUUUUAUCGCAACACCGGCAUUCGCGGCAGAUGAGAGCACGCAAAACGUCACGGAAAAGCUACACCAUAUGCGUUCAAUGUUACUGUAUUUAGAGGCAGCGAGGUACAAAGUUGGAGGGACGUUAGCGGAAGUAGAAGGUAGUAAACGUGGCAAACAUCCUUUGGCAGAGCAUAUCUUAGUUUCUAGGGAUAAACAGGGUUUGCAACAAAGUGUCCUCAAGAUUCCUUCUUGGGCAAAGAAUGAGUCUUUUGAAAUUCAGGACGAUGAAGACGAAAUAGAUGUUCAUCUCGGUAUCGUAAAGGAUCACGAUACCGAGAGUCGUCAUUGGGCCGAUCGCACAGCUGGCGAUGGAAACUCGGAGAAUCCACCAGACGAAGAUGACUUUAGUGAUUUCGAUGAAUUCAGCAGCCAAUCCGAAGAUAAUAAUAAUCAAGACGUCGAUGUCGCUGAAACGAGUGGUAAAUCCGACGGAACGGAACAAUGUAGAGCGAUUUAUCAGUAUUCGGCAAAUUUAAACGACGAGCUCAGCCUAAGUCCUGGAGACUUGAUAACGGUGCAUCAGAAGCAAUCGGAUGGUUGGUGGAUAGGCGAGUGUAGAGGUCGAACUGGAAUAUUUCCAGCCACUUACGUUCAAGUUAUUCAUUGAUUUCUCGCU